AAUACGUUAAUAAUAAGUAUUAUAAGAAUUAGCUUUAGUUUAGGUAAGAAAAUUAUUAUUUUAAAUACGGUAAAAGUAGAGACGUACUUUAGAAUAAUAACUUUUUAUAUUUUAUUUAUUAAUACCCUAUUUCUCUUAUAUUUAAAAAAUAUAAAUUAA